UGGUGUAGACGCUUUUCUAAUCAAAACAGGCCGAAAAAAUGUUAAAUAUACAUAUUCCAGCGCGAAUAAAUUAAGAAAAACCACGCAAACGACUGCGCUAAGAACUCGGGGAAAAAAUCAGUUACCAAAUAAAUUGUAUUCUCAUUGCCCAGUGCAUUGUUCACAUACCGAUGUAGGUAUUAUAUUUAAGUAAAUUCGACCGUUAGUCAAAUAGCGUGUACGUUCGAUUUUCCAUAAUUCUUGAAAACAGACAAAUUUUCGAAAGUGAUUGUUAUGAAUGUCGCGUAAACAUUUUAACAUUGAGAUAACUUUAAUUUACUUUCUAUUGCUUAUGCCAUGGCCCCAUACACACAUCACGAAGCUUUUUUGCUCCAAAGAUAACAGCCGUUUGGUACGAAAAAUUGUACGCUCAAAGUGGACUCCAAUACUGGAUAAAUACUCGGCGAAGUUACCUUUAGAAUGCCCGCUACAUCCUCUACGCGAUGUAUUUUCUCCGUGUCAAGAUGCCAAAAAACGUGAUCGACCAACCCAAUGGACCUGCCGUUUGUGUGGUAAAAGUUUCUAUCAAGAGAGGUUUUUGGAUUUGCACUUUGAGACUCGCCACAAGAGUGUUAUAAAUGAGGCCGAAGACGCUGUGUGCUUGGCGGACUUUUGCGACAUAAUGCGCUGUGAGGUGUUUCAGAGUGAGGAAUCAGCGAGUUUGACGGCCAGUGACCAGCAUGUUGUGACAGACAUUGAAGUUUGGGGCGAUUCCUUGGGUCAGAACGCGGCGUUGGCGAAAGCAAACUCGCCAUACUUGAGUUUAAUACCACUUGGGACUUCCUCGAUAGGGGGCAGACGCGCCUCAAGAGCACGUCAAUUAUGUCAGGACAAAAUUGGUCAGAAUAAAUUUAAGGAUACUGUCGAGAAUGUAAUAAUUGCUGAAAAGCGCAAGCAGACAACCAAGACCACCAUUGCCAAUGAACCCUUGAAAAAUAUAAAAAAGGGACAUGCUGACGGUAAACAUUCAACAGGGACUCCAACAAACACGGAUCACAACAAAAACGCUGCCAAUACACAAACACCACCUCAUACCCAUAACUCCAAAGCCAAAAAGAAAAACGCCAAUGAUAGAAGUAGCCAGGACAACGAUGAGGAUACUUUAAACGCGACUGGCCACAUCAUCAGAAUCAAUUAUGACAACGGUAACGCACAGAAGAACCGAUCGAGUUGUAAGGCUGAGGAACUUAGUAAACUGAGGGCGCAAUGCGAGGUUUUACUAAGAAGUUGCAUCUCCGGCCUUCUUCUCACAAUGACGGAUCAGUCGUUUAAGGAAAUGGAAGAGGCAAUGAACAAAGCGGUUUGCUGGUAUUUGUCAUGCGACCGCUAUUGGGAGGAUGGUCCGCUCGAGAAAUCCACUUUUCCAUGGGGUCUGGCACUUAUACUUAUUCUCGUGCUGUCUACAGGCGUGUGCUUUUGCUACUAUAUCAUUUGGAUAUUAUUUAAUUCCGAGGAGACGACAAUCAAUACCAAUCAACACGAUUAUAUGUACCAUCGGUAUCAACAAUCGGUGCAAAUGCCGCACCAACAGCAACAGCAUCCGAAUAUUACAGGUACCAGUAUGCACAGCGGUAUGCGCCAGAACAUGUCCCAGCCAUACUACUACCAACAACAGCCAGUGCACGAGUUAUACCCCGAACAACUUCAAUACGAUUAUCGCCACAGCCCAAGACGGUACAUGACCGAAUCGCAUACGCCGAGCACGUCUACGGCCGCGGAUAUGGCCGGUACACCACGACAUCGACACGCACCGACGCAGAGUCACGUUUACCAACAGGACAUUUUAGACCGACGCGACUAUACAAGUAGGCCCAUUGCUACCACAGCGGUCACAAGUGUUGGCGGUAAGUCGAUGGGCAGUGCGAUGAGUGGUGCACCAAAGUCCGCGAGUACUGCAGGUUUGGGCUCGAGCGGCGUCACAAUGUUGGACGGCGAGUCGGGUAUGGCUUUAGCUGCGGGUGGUGGUGGACGUCAUUACAAUACCCAUCCACGGCAGUUAUCCUCCCAUCAUCGCAAUAGUGGAGCAUCUCAGCACUCGCUACGCGCUUCAUCAUCAAUCCAUGAAUUUAUGCAAAAUGACAUUGGCCAAAAUGAGCACUACAUCUACGUUACGUAUCCGCCGGAUCUAAAGAAACGUUAUUUUGAUAAAUACGAAUAAAAACGAGUAUGGAGCUAGUUGAUGGAGCACUCCGCUGUAGUAUGUCGGAUGUAUAUAUGUACUUAUGACCCUGGAGAUGCUUCAUGGGAAUGUAUAUGUCAAAGACUGCAUUAUGGGUGUAGAAAAAAUAGCUGAUUUUUUAGUGCAAUAAAAUACCACAUAAUUACACAUUUUAACUAACAAAAAAUAAUUAUAGUAAUUUCAUAAACAAAAAGUGUAAUCGCCAAAGCAUCGAAAUAUCAGUGCUCGAACCUCGUACAGAGCUUCAUAUAUGUAUGUACAUGAUUUUCACGGCGUCGAAGUACCAUUAUUCAUUAAUAAAGUAUAAAUAUUUCUCAAACAAACAGGAAGCAUUGCUUAACCCUUCGCGUUACAGGUUCAGCUAUUAAUUUUUGCUUUAAACUUGGACUUUGUUUAGCAAACUCAGACUACGUAUACGUUGUAGAAACUAUCACAUAUCUGACUCUUUUCUCUUCAUCAUGCGCUAUCGAGUUCGAUAAUUAGGCAAAGUUUCUAUACUUUACAGCUUAAUGCCUACAUCAUUGAAGGUUUCGAACAUUCAUAAAAGUAGUACAACCUUUGCCAUUUUCGACAGUAAAUUUGUUCGUAAAACUUUUACUAAAUAAACAACAGCGAUAGAUUUUCUAACAAGUCGUCAACC